UCUUUUUUUUUUUUCUCUUUCAUUCUUUUGUCUCUUUCUUUCACGUACACGAAUUUUAUAAUUAAUAUAUAUAUCAACAUGGAACUUGGUAGUGGUCCUUUUUUUACAACAUCAUCAGGAUUGAUUGAUAGUGUUGAUAAAAAACUUAUGGUUGUUCUACGAGAUGGACGUAAACUUAUUGGUACUUUACGGUCAUUUGAUCAAUUUGCCAACUUGGUAUUACAGGAUACUAUCGAAAGGAUAUAUGUUAGAAACUGUUAUGGUGAUAUUCCUCGGGGUAUCUUUUUGAUUCGUGGUGAAAAUGUUGUACUAUUAGGCGAAGUGGAUCAAGACAAAGAAGAUAAUACAGGUUUACGACAGGUACCUGUUGAAGAAAUACUGAUGGCUCAAAGAGAAGAAAUGGAAACACGACAAAAAUUGGAAAAGAUUCGGUCCAAGGUAUUACAUGGUCAAGGUUUUUGUGUAGACAAUACUUCCAACGAUUUAUAUUAGGCUUUUUCUUUCUUUAUCCCUACACUUAUGUUUUAUUUACUUUAUCUUCAUUUCAUAUUCUAAUAUAUAUAUACACACACUCCAUCCAUCUUAUAUGCAUAUACACUUCCUUCUUUCUGAUUGAUAUCAUAUACAAAAAAAUGGGUCUCAGGGUUAGUUGGUC